AAACCUUCCCCCCCCCCCCCCAGCCCGCAUUCAAACCAUCUGUAUUCUAAGAACCCCGCUUGACAUCAACCUCUGUCGAGUCGCUGCUCUAGUGCUAGCAAUGUCUGAUAAAAAAGAGGGUAAGGCUCCCGGCAAGCUCCCAGGGAGGAAAAAAAUGGAGAAGAAGGCAGACAAGGCCCCAGAGAAGGAGAAGGUAGAGAAGAAGGUGGAGAGGAAGAUGGAGAAGGACCCAGAUAAGGCUGUGGAGAAAGUUCCAACAGAGAAGGCCACAGAAAAUGCUCCAGAAGUCGCUGAGGGGACAGUGGGGAACGGGGCCCCCAGCGAGGGGGCGGUUGCCAGUGGGGGUGGAGAGGAGUUCGUAGUGGAACCCAUGGAGCUGCCUCCCUUCGAGAUCAUUGUAGGAGAGAAGAUCAACCCCUUUUUCUUCAAGUUCCAGUUCAAGAACGUGGAGUACUCAUCAGGCCGGAAUAAGACCUUCCUGUGUUUCCUGGUGGAUGCUCAGAACAGCAAUGGGGAAGGCCUGCGGGGCUACCUGGAGGACGAGCACACAGGUGCCCACGCCGAGGAGGCCUUCUUCCACCAGGUGCUCCCGCAGUAUGACCCCGCCUUGCGCUAUAUGGUCACCUGGUAUGUGUCGUCUAGCCCGUGUGCCGCCUGCGCCGCCAAGCUGACAGAGAUCCUGAAAACUCGCAAGACACUGCACCUCACCAUCUUCUCCUCGCGCCUCUUCAUGUGGGAGGAGCCGGAGAUCCAGGUGGGACUGAAGGCUCUGGUGGCAGCCGGCUGCAAGCUGCGCAUGAUGAAGCCCUCAGACUUCAUCUACACCUGGGAUACUUUUGUGGAGAAUGAGGACCAGAGCUUCACCCCAUGGGAAGACUGCCAGGAGAAUUACGAAUAUUACCAGGAGAGGCUAGCUGACAUCCUUCAGUGACCGUAUGAGUGGCCAAACUUUUGCAGUGGUCAGAUCUUCAGAGUUGUUUCUUUCCCCUUGCAUCCUACUUCUGCUUUCAAGCAACAUUAAACCUGCACAACAUGUCCAACUUGUCACCUCUUCCCACAGCCGGUCUGGCUCUCUUCACUUUCGCCCUAAUAUGUAUCCCACUUCAGCUAUUUCCAAGCAUGCACAAAUGCCUAAACAUUACGGUAUCGUCUACUCAUGUAGACUCCCUGCCAAGCGAGUUGCCUUCUUUACACACUACAGGUCUAAGGCACGACAUAGGAUGGCUGACACCACCAGCCAGGGCCUGACAUUUUUCUACUUGGAAGAUAGUGUUCAAGUUGCCCUGUUGGACUCCACACGACCUCCUAUUGAAGAAGGAUCCCAAUUCCUUUUGGCUGCUGUGGAACUCUCAGUCCCAGUCAAUAACGGAACUAGCUCAGACUCAGACCAGUGUGAGCUGCAGGAAAGGGGGCCUUUGUCAGCCCCUUAGAACCCCCACAUCUUUUCAUUUGAUGAAGUAAAUGGCCGCCCUUUCUUCUAUGAUAACUCAUCAGCUAUCAUCCAACCUUUCCUGCUCUCAGAAUAGCAACAAAUCUGUCUUCCAAAUCCCAGAAUUCUCAGCAAACAUUCAUUAUGAACGGCCUGUUUUAUACCAUGUCUUUAGAGCUCCCCCAUGUGGCUCUGCAGUGGUACUUCGGAAUCACUGCAUUGCCAAGCUGUUAAAGAAUAAACAAGUGACAAAACAGCCUGGAAAAGGGAGCUAUGGGUCAGAUGGCUACAGCUAUACACCGACCAUCAGGAAAAUGACCUCAUUGUGUCAUUCUGCUUGUCAGAAGACCUUUAUCUUUCAGCAUUGUGACUGUGUUUAUUUUUUUAGCUGAAAAUUCCACCCACUUAUGACUUUCAAUUAUUUUUACAUUGUUAAAGGUCUCCCACACUAGGAUUCAUCAUAUUCUGGAAAAGCCAAAUCUGUAUUCAUUACAAAUCAGUUAUAGUUUUCACAUGUUAUUCUUAAACACACCUAAUAUUUACAUAUGUACAAUCAAAUGUAUAUAUAUUAGCCAAAAAACUCAACAGUUUCCAAUUUAAUUUUAAGAUAUACUUGCCUGUUCUUGAUUCAUUAUAUUUAAAACAGACAGUGGUGAGAAAAUGUUUAUUGACAUAGCAAAGUUCAAUGUUGUGCAUCGCUUGUUAAGGAUGUCUUCGGUUAUUAUUACUACGCAGGCCAGAUCACAUUUUAGGAGCCAUUCAUGGAGGAAUCCAGUUCAUUCCAAACGGCCCAUAAACUUUCACUCCCAAUUGUCUGCAAAUCCUGUUUAAGUAGGAUGAAGCAUAAGAACUGGCUGAAUUUCCCCAAAUGUAUAAAAUGAUAUUUCAGUUU